AUGAAGCCGCCCGGCAGCAGCUCCCUGCGGCAGCCUGGCUGCGGCGGCCGCCGCCGCCCCGCGCUCCUGCCGCUCCUCGGCCGCCUCGUCUCGCUGCUCCUGCUCCUCCAUGGCUCCUCCUGCCCCCGGGCCCGCGCGGCUGCAGCGGCCGCCGGCCUGCACUGGAAUGAAACAGCAAGCAGUAUAGAGGAAGUACUGGCAGAUGAAGAGAACACAUUUCAACAGAGUAACAGCAGUAACAGUAAAAAUAACAGCUACAGCAAUGCAAUCCAGAAAGAAAUCACACUGCCUUCAAGACUAAUCUAUUACAUCAACAGAGACUCUGAGACCCCUUACCAUAUCCUGGAUACCAGGACAAGGCACCAGCAGAAACAUGACAAGGCUGUACAUCUGGCCCAGGCAAGUUUCCAGAUUGAGGCCUUUGGCUCUAAAUUUAUCCUUGACCUCACACUGAAUAAUGACUUAUUAUCUUCCAAUUAUGUAGAGAUUCACUAUGAAGAUGGAAAACCAAAGUUUUCUAAGGGGGGAGAGCAUUGUUACUACCAUGGAAAUAUCAGAGGUGUGAAGGAUUCCAAAGUUGCUGUUUCAACUUGUAAUGGACUUCAUGGCAUGUUUGAAGAUAAUACUUAUUUGUACUUGAUAGAACCAAUGGAUAUGACCCACACUGCAGAAAGUAAAAGUAGGCCACAUAUCAUCCAAAGAACUUACGGAACACAAGCCUCCAAGCAGUUGCAGGACCUUGAGACUGACUCUAGUUCUGAAUGGCCCUUUCUAUCUGAACUGCAGUGGCUGAGGAGAAGGAGAAGAAAGAGAGCAUUAUCUCGUGGUGUCUUUGAAGAAAUGAAAUAUCUGGAGCUCAUGAUAGUCAAUGACCAUAAAAUGUUCAAAAGGCACCGUUCUUCAACUGCAUACACAAACAAUUUUGCAAAGUCAGUGGUAAACCUCGUAGAUGCUAUAUACAAGGAACAGCUGAACACCAGGGUGGUUCUGGUUGCAGUGGAGACUUGGACAGACAGAGAUCGCAUUCACAUUCACCCUGACCCUCUGCAGAUGCUCCACGACUUCUCCAAGUACCGGCAGCACUACAUCAAGCAGCACGCUGAUGCUGUGCACCUGCUCUCGAAUGUGACAUUUCAUUACAAAAGGAGCAGCUUAAGUUACUUCGGAGGUGUCUGCUCUGUGGCCAGAGGAGUAGGAGUGAAUGAGUAUGGCCUCCCUUUGCCCAUGGCACAGGAACUAGCACAGAGUCUUGCUCAGAAUCUUGGAAUACAAUGGGAGCCAGCUGCCAGGAAACCGAAGUGUGACUGCACUGAAUCCUGGGGUGGUUGCAUCAUGGAGGAAACAGGGGUAUACCAUUCCAGGAAAUUCUCCAAAUGCAGCAUUGCAGAAUACAAAGAAUUUUUACUUCGUGGGGGAGGUGCCUGUCUUUUUAACAGGCCAACAAAGCUCUUUGAAGCCACUGAGUGUGGAAAUGGAUUUGUAGAAGCAGGAGAGGAAUGUGAUUGCGGUUUCCGAAUGGAAUGCUACGCAGACUGUUGUAAGAAGUGCUCUCUUUCUAAUGGAGCUCAUUGUAGUGAUGGACCCUGCUGUAAUACAUCGUGUCUUUUUUUCCCACGAGGUUAUGACUGUCGAUAUGCAGUGAAUGAGUGUGACAUUGCAGAGUUCUGCACUGGGGAUUCUGGACAGUGUCCACCAAAUCUUCAUAAACAAGAUGGGUAUGCCUGUGAUUCUAAUCAGGGUCGUUGCUAUAAUGGUGAAUGCAAGACAAGAGAUAAUCAGUGCAAAUAUAUCUGGGGAUCUAAGUCUUCAGGAUCUGACAAAUUUUGUUAUGAAAAGCUUAAUACAGAAGGCACAACAAAAGGAAACUGUGGCAAGGAUGGAGACCGAUGGAUUCAGUGCAGCAAACAUGAUGUUUUCUGUGGCUUUUUGCUCUGUACUAAUCUUACUAGAGUACCACGAGUUGGUCAAGUUCAAGGAGAAAUUAUCCCAAAUUCAUUUUAUCACCAAGGACGCAUAGUGGACUGCAGUGGUGCUCACGUUCUUUUAGAUGAUGAUACGGAUUUAGGUUAUGUGGAGGAUGGUGCUCCAUGUGGACCUCAGAUGAUGUGUCUGGACAAAAAGUGCCUGCCAAUUCAGUCCUUGAACAUAAGCAGCUGUCCCAUUGGUUCCAAUGGAAAAGUCUGUUCUGGUCAUGGGGUUUGUAGUAAUGAAGCCACUUGCAUUUGUAAUUUCUCCUGGGCUGGGACAGACUGCAGCAUUGAUGAUCCUGUCAGGGAUACUGGUGGCAAGAAGGAGGAAGGACCCAAGGGUCCUAGUGCCACCAAUCUUAUAAUAGGCUCCAUCGCUGGUGCCAUCCUGGUAGCAGCUAUUGUCCUUGGGGGGACAGGAUGGGGCUUUAAGUUAUCAGAUGUUCAUAUGAACAUACGGUACUGUGGUGUCAAGUCCAUAUCAAACAAAUGUCAAAAAACGAAGGUUCGAUCCAACUCAACAAGGCCCUAUCUGAAGAAAUGCCAUUCAAAAAGCUGCUUCUUGCACUACUGGAUUUUGGGUAUGAUGUCUUUGCUGUAGCUACACAGGAACUAAAUCAGUACGGAAGAACAUGGGAACAGUAACUAUAAACACAAAGUUGGGAUGUUAGGAUUUGAGUUGGUAGAACACUGUCCUUUUUGGAGAUAAGUUGGAAAUACUUCCUCCAUUCACCUUUCUCUUGUUAACAUUAACUGACAAAUGGUACAAGCAAAUUGCUUCAAAAAUCAGGUGGUUUUUUUUUUCCUUUUCUCAAAUUAAGAAGGACACACACAAACCAAGUGCAAUAAGAGAACUGUUCCAAAAAAAUGGAAUUGCAAAAGAUUCUUUCCCAGCCUGCUGGCACUCUAACUUCACUUCAGUUCGCAUGACUUCCUUUUUCUUAUCAAACUCCAGUGGCAUGAGGAGCUAAUUUUGAAAGGGUAACCUGCAUGGCUCACAUAAAAACAACCAAGUUAGCAAGCUGACCCCAAGCAGAAUCUGCAGCCCAAUAAAUACAAACCACUGGGAAGCCAGUGCUGGCUUCAAUAGCUUUUCCAGCCACACGAUGCAUUCUGCUGCUGGACCUGAGGGUUCCCUGCUCCAUGAGUUCACUGUCCACCUUGGACAGGAGUCUCUUGGGUAUGGAAUUUAGUGAAUGAUGGAUGGAAUUCUUCCAAGAAGGAAAAAGUGUAAAUAUGGAAAUAAGAUUUUGAUGUAUCAUUUUCACAGAUUAUAUAUAAAUAUAUAUAUAUAUGAGAGAAAAGAAUUUCCAUAUGAAAAGGUUCUAUUCUUUAUGUAAAUCUAUUUUUGAUGUUGGGUUUGGUUUUGGGUUUUUUUCCUCCCCUUUUUUUUGGUAGCAUGUUGUACAGCAGAUGUUCUGGGCUUGCUCAAAAAAGGCAGAAAACAGCAUGCAGAUGCAGGGAGUUCUGACACCAAACAGAUGUGAUCUAAAGUUUGUAUGCUUGAAACCAAAAACAAUUAAAAUGUAUAAAUGCA